AUGCCUUCUUUUUUUGCUGUAACAUUAAUUUUUCUGAACAUGUCUCUUUCAGCCAUGGCGUCUUCCGAAGCCAGUACGCGUCGUCGCGUGAAGCUGUACAUGCUGAAUGAUGAGAGACAAUGGGACGAUAAAGGCACAGGACACGUUUCUGCCAUUUACACAGAACAAGAUAACAUGGCUUUGGUUGUUAUUUCGGAAACAGAUGGCUCGUAUCUACUCGAAUCAAAAAUACAACCCGAUACGGCAUAUCAGAAACAGCAAGAAACCCUCAUCGUUUGGUCCGAGGGAGAGAACAUGGAUCUGGCACUGUCAUUCCAGGAAAAAGUGGGGUGUGAUGACGUUUGGGAAAAAAUCUGUGCCGUUCAAGGGAAAGACCCAUCCGUGGAAAUAACGCAGGAAGUGGUGGAUGAGUCCGACGACGUUGAUGAUGCUGAUGGCUACACUCCCAGCCUCAUUCAAAGUGUUCAGCCUUUAGCAUUGCCCCCCUGUGAAUUGAGUCAUUUGGAAGAAACUUCAUUUAUGAUUAGCCAAGCAAUCACUUCUCCGCAGAAGCGUGAACGGUUAGUUGUUCUCCUAGAAUCCACGAACUAUUUGAACCAGUUGAUGGAUCUGUUUCACAAAGCGGAGGAUUUAAAAGACAUGGAUUCGCUACAUCAUCUGUAUGAAAUAAUGCGCCAGUUAAUCCUUAUUAACAAGCACAGUCUUUACGAGACUCUGUUUGCGGAUGAUAUGCUAAUGGACGUUAUCGGUAUCUUGGAGUAUAAUCCUUCUGGGCGGACUAAACAUCGAGAAUUCCUGCGAAAUAAAGCCUCAUUUAAAGAGGUUCUACCCUUACACAACUCGGAUCUCAAAAGCAAAAUUCAUCAGACCUAUAGAGUUCAGUACAUACAGGAUUGCUGCUUACCGCCACCUUGUUUGUUCGACGAACAGACUCUGUCGCAAUUAAAAAAUUUUGUGUCGUUGAACAAAAUGGAGAUCAUUCGGGCACUUCAGGAGGAUGAAGACUUCAUGCGUCGCUUGUUUGCUCGUUUAAAAUCGGUUGAGACCGAUAUUGCACACCGGAGGGAGCUGUCCCUCUUUAUCAAAGAGUUCUGUAACAUUUCCAUUCAGACUGACCAAAAAGAAACUUUUCUCAAUUGUUUCCUACAACACGGUGCUCUCAGAACUGCAGAAGUUUUGCUUUCUACUGACGACAAAGAUAUGAAGUCGGCAGCGUUGGAGAUUUUGCAAGCUUUUGUUGAACACCAACCAUCCGUUGUCCGAGAAUACGUAUAUAAAGAGACUGCUCCGUUCCGGAAAGAUGACGAACUACUUAUAAAUUUAAUGAUCAAUCAAUUACUUUCUGAUUCAGACCCAGAACUCAGCGAUGCGUUUCUGUUGGGCUACAUGCUGCGCAUCCUGAUCGACCCAGACAAUAUGAACAAUCCUGGGGCGCGCGGUGAGAAAUCCGAGUUCCUCAAUUUCUUCUAUCGACGCUGUAUUAAUACUUUGGUUCGACCAUUGUUUGAGAAUACAGCGAAGGACGUCCUUGAAAAAGCUGCGUUGCGUCUCUUGCGUCGGGUUAUUCAUAUGAAGGAGGAAUUUUAUAAUCGAUACCUCAUCAAGAAUAAUCUGUUCCGACCGGUGAUCAAGUUGUUCGUGGUUAAUGGGCAUAGGUACAAUCUUGUGGAUUCAGCUAUCAUCGAGAUGUUUGACCACAUCCGUACCGAGGAAAUCACAUCACUAAUUACGCACGUGGUUGAGAACUUCUGGGACAUUUUAAAAACAGUGACUUAUGUUCCUACUUUUAUCGAUUUCAAACGAACUUAUGAUCAUACCCACCGACCCAGUCGGCCAACUAUGGUCGGUUCCGUUGGUCAGCCUGGUACAAUGGAUGUUUUAUCCCUGGUAAAUGCUGCGUCGUCUCGAUUUCAACGUGAUCCACGAUCUCUGGAACAUGAAGAAGAAAGAUGGUUUGACCAGGACGAAGAGGAAGAUGACGAAGAUGAAGAAAAUCAUAUAUUCACUCAUCAGUCUGCUGCGUUACUCAACGGUGCCCUCAAUGGUGUGGGUACGUCAACCCCCCUCAGCAGUUCGAUCCCUGAGGCACUGUCCUCAAUGCCUAAUUUCGAUUCGCAUGCCAACCCGACAGCGACGGGAUCAGAUUUACUUGGUCUGUCUUCCACGGACAGUCAUCCCUCGAUCGCUACCUUAACUUCAUUAUCCCCUGGUACUGCGCAUUCAUUGCCAAAUGACUCCAGAUCUUCGGCUUUCACUUCAUCCACAGCCACCAACUUAUUGAAAACAGGAAAUUCUUCGGAGGAAACGCCGUCAGUUUCCGGUUCUACGUUGUCACGUACUCGCCAGAACGACCUUAGCCCCGAUGCAUUGCCUACAAGAUCCUAUUUGUCGCGUCAAAAUAAUUCGAUUGCAAUUCAAAUUAGGUUAUCUUUACCUGAUUCGGGAACAAACGAUGCAUUUGCUGGUGGUGACGUGGAACGCUCCAUGGAUGAGCCACAUUCCAGUGCUACCGCAGCUUGCGAGGCAGUGGUUAGCCAAUCGGAGAUCGGGGAAUCUUUCUCAGACAACGGAGGAUCUGCGUCAGAUUCGUCUGAUGUUGGCGAGGAAGAAACUUUUGAUGGCGAAGUUUCUUCCGGUCAUCGGCUGUUGUUAGGAAAGCGCUCUUCAUCUUCGGAGCAUGAUGCCAAAAAUGGAAAGCGUACCAAGAAGUCACGACAGCCUGUAAAACCACAACCGACGUUGACAUCGGUUAGUAGUUUAUUUUCUGAUGAUCAGGGUGAUGAAAACCCAACCGUUUCUCCGGAUCCCGGAGUUUCUGAUGUGGAUGAAAAUAUGACCGAUCAAGAUCGAAUGCCAGUUGGCUUGGUGGACUAUUCAGAUGAGGAAAGCGAAGAUGACGAAAGAUCUGAGGCUGACUCUUGUAACGACUUUGCAGACAACGAAACGAAGAAAGGUGCACUUUCUUUGGCUACCAAGGUGACGGAUGAAGGUGUUGUUGAUGGUGGCUGUGAGGUCUCAUCUAGUCAGUCUGUGACUGAAAUAGCGUAA